UGUUUGUGAAUGAGACGCUCAGUUUCUCAAUGGAGCGGCGGGGCGCUCGGGCGGACGCGGCGCGGGCCGUGAGCCGCGGGGAGGGCGCCGUUUCCUCGCUCCCGCCCUCGUCCCCUCCCUCUGGCCGCCGCGGCUUUUGAGGAACCGGGGCCGUGAGGGCCGCCGCGCACGUCGUAGGGCCCGGUGUCUCCGAGGACGCCGGGGCCCUGGGCGGCUUCGACGCGCCCCGUCGCCUUGGUGGAGCCGCGGGCGCGAGGCGAGAAGCCGCAGGCCCGGCGGCCUUCGCGAGAUUUCCGCCGCGACCCCUUGGCGCUGGGCUUUGAAAAAGUGGUCGACUUCCUAGGUGCGUUUGUGAAUCCCGGGCGGCUGUUGAGCUCCUCGCCUGCACUUCUUUCCCAGGAGAGAGAAGGGGGACGGGGUGAGGAAAGCAGCGAAGAAAAGACAUUAAAGGGGCACAGCUUCCCAGAAGACAGCGUCAGGCGGAGAUUUCCCUGCACCGCACAAGCGCUGUUGGCAGCCGCCGCGGGCGCCGGGCCUCGCCGGCCCCACCAUGCGCGAGCCGGCCGCGGGCUGCUGAGCGCGCGGACGCGGAAGCGGAGGCCGAGCGCGCCGGGCUCCCGCGCUCGCGGACGGGUGCUGUCCGCCGGGCGGUGGCGGCGGGAUGGAGCCGGCGACCGCGCCCCGGCCCGACAUGGCGCCGGAACUGACCCCAGAGGAAGAGCAGGCUACCAAGCAGUUUCUGGAAGAAAUUAACAAGUGGACAGUCCAGUACAAUGUUUCUCCACUAUCCUGGAAUGUGGCUGUCAAGUUCCUCAUGGCCAGGAAGUUUGAUGUGCUUCGUGCCAUAGAGCUGUUCCACGCCUACAGAGAAACACGAAGGAAGGAAGGCAUUGUGAAGCUGAAACCUCAUGAGGAGCCUCUCCGCUCUGAGAUCCUCAGUGGAAAGUUUACCAUCUUAAAUGUUCGAGACCCAACUGGAGCCUCCAUUGCUCUCUUCACUGCCAGGUUGCAUCAUCCCCAAAAGUCGGUUCAACAUGUGGUACUUGAGGCUCUGUUUUACUUGCUGGACAGAGCUGUGGACAGCUUUGAAACGCAAAGGAAUGGACUGGUGUUUAUCUAUGACAUGUGCGGUUCUAAUUAUGCCAACUUUGAGCUGGAUCUUGGCAAGAAAGUCCUAAAUCUGCUGAAGGGAGCAUUUCCAGCUCGUUUGAAGAAGGUGCUGAUUGUGGGAGCACCUAUAUGGUUCCGAGUGCCCUAUUCCAUCAUCAGCUUGCUCCUGAAGGACAAAGUCCGGGAGAGGAUUCAGAUAUUAAAGACAUCUGAGGUUACCCAGCACCUGCCUAGGGAGUGCCUUCCAGAAAACCUGGGUGGGUACAUCAAAAUUGACCUCGCCACUUGGAAUUUCCAGUUCCUACCCCAGGUGAACGGCCACCCAGAUCCCUUCGAUGAGAUCAUCUUGUUCUCCCUACCUCCUGCCUUAGACUGGGACUCGGUACAUGUUCCAGGUCCCCAUGCCAUGACCAUCCAAGAGUUGGUAGACCAUGUUAACACCAGGCAAAAACAAGGGAUAUAUGAGGAGUAUGAAGACAUCCGUCGUGAAAACCCUGUUGGCACUUUUCACUGUUCCAUGUCUCCAGGAAACUUAGAGAAGAACCGCUAUGGGGAUGUACCUUGCCUGGACCAAACUAGAGUGAAGCUGACAAAACGAAGUGGCCACACUCAGACAGAUUAUAUCAAUGCCAGUUUCAUGGAUGGCUACAAGCAGAAGAACGCUUACAUUGGUACACAAGGCCCUUUGGAGAACACCUAUCGUGACUUCUGGCUUAUGGUGUGGGAGCAGAAAGUAUUGGUGAUUGUCAUGACCACCCGCUUUGAGGAAGGUGGCAGGAGAAAGUGUGGCCAGUACUGGCCUUUAGAAAAAGAAUCACGGAUCCGAUUUGGCUUCCUCACGGUGACCAAUUUAGGUGUGGAGAACAUGAACCAUUAUAAAAAAACAACUCUAGAAAUUCACAACACAGAGGAGCGGCAGAAACGCCAGGUGACCCAUUUCCAGUUUCUGAGCUGGCCAGAUUAUGGUGUCCCUUCUUCUGCAGCUUCCCUCAUUGACUUCCUGAGAGUGGUCAGAAACCAGCAGAGCCUGGCUGUCAGCAGCAUGGGAUCACGCUCCAAAGGGCAAUCCCCUGAUCCACCCAUUGUGGUCCAUUGCAGUGCAGGCAUUGGCAGGACAGGUACUUUCUGCUCAUUGGACAUCUGCCUGGCACAGCUGGAAGAGCUUGGCACCCUUAAUGUGUUUCAGACGGUGUCACGCAUGAGGACCCAGAGGGCUUUCAGCAUCCAGACCCCUGAGCAGUACUAUUUUUGUUACAAGGCCAUCCUGGAGUUUGCAGAAAAGGAGGGCAUGGUUCCCUCUAGCCAAAACCUGCUGGCCAUGGAGGGUCAGUAACUGUCUCACAAAUCUCCUAGCUGCUGGCCAUCCUUCCUUAAACUACCCUGGACACUGCCAACCUAUAGGUUGCCAUCAGAUAUGCUGAAUCCAUGGAUCGACCUCUCUAGUGUCUCCCAGCGCACGUGUGCACGCAAGGCAGCCUUUCCCUUUGGCUAGAUAAUGUGGUGAAAUUGCCACUAGAAAGGGCCAGCAUCAAUGUGUUCUUAAUUCCUAGCACCUGCUAUCGAACUGUGCCUUAUUAAAACCAAAUUGUGGCUAUUGAUUUUUGCCAGGGGCCCCGAGGUAAGUGGGGAUGGAACCUCCCUCCCCCUCCCCCAAUGCCAUUCUUCUUCUGGAGGUCUCCUCGCUCCCACUUCUUUCCUUUGCUAGGAUUUGACAGGGAGGGUUGGUGAACCUUCACCUUCCUGCCCAGAGAGCUUGACCAAGUUCCAUGUUUUAGAGAUUGUCCUGAGUGCCAAGCACGUUUAUACAUAGGGCGUGUAUUUCAGUCUUUUCUGUCAUUUUGUGUGUGCGCGUGUGUGUAUGUGCACUUAUGUGUAUGGAUCCAUAUUACAUGUGUAUAUAAUAUAUAUUGUAUGUGAUAAUAUGGUCAUAUUCUAUAAAUACAUGUACACACAGAUACUCUUUGUAAAAGUUCCUGGGGCUCCAUGUUGCAGUUCAGCACCCCUUGUUUCUUGGGCCUUGCUGAUUAUCCUGGAUGAGCUGGGGUUGGGAUUGUGGCUCCUGUUGCCAGACAGCAGAGUGAUGAACGAGGACACAUACAUAUCUCCUCCAGAUCCUGGAUAGGCCUCAUCCUUAAGUAAUGUCUUCUUUCCCUAUGAACUCUUUCUCUUGGAGCUAAGAAUACUGGUUUGUGGUGACACUGGUAUAAGUCAGCAUGGAUUGCCCUUUAUCUAACAGAUUUUCUGUUUACUUUGCUGAUUUUGGAAACAGACUUCCACUGUGAUUCCAGACCCUGUUUUUCCUUUCACUAUCCUGAGAAUAGGAGGCUCAGGAAUAGAGACGAACUUAAUGAGUAGCCAGAGUCACAAUCAAUUGGUACAAAGUCUUAGAAGGAAAGAGAGGAGCCCAGAUGUGAGAGAGAGGAGCCAACUAUGAGAAUUCUUCCCUGGGAGGGCAAGCUGGUCCCCUUUUGCUGGAAGAUUGCUUUCUGUUUACUGAGAUGGCCAUCAAUUCCUGCCUGCUCUUCUGCCAGAUCAUAGACCUCAAAUGGGUGGGAACCAUGCUAGUGAAAAGCUUAACCCCAUGGCUGGGUGGGAUGGACCCUUGUAGUCACCCUUUGUUAUCUAUCUACUCAAUCUGUCCUUGCCUUCUCCCAGCCCACCCAGCCUGAUGUACCAGGAAUGAAAUCAAGAACUCAUUACUCUACAUUCCUAUGAAAAUAAUCUGGAACCCCUAAACAUUCUUCCCCCAUUACAGAAAAUGAGGUUGGCAGCUGAUCAGACCUCAACAAUUUUAUACUGUAAUAUGAUCUUUGUGUAUAUUCUUAUUUUUUACAAUCAUUUCAUUUUGUAUUUAACACCAAUGGACUGAGUCAGGUUCAGAAAAUAAUUGUAAUGUUCAUAUUCAAUAUCUUACAGUGAUACAGUUUUGUAUUUACAUAUAAAUAUACCAACAUGAUCAAACCC